AUGGCCACACCAGAGCUGAUAGAAGUGGACAAUGUGGUAGACAUCAUAAAUUGUGUGGCUUUAUAUUACGAGAAAGGUGCCAGUGGUAAUGCUUUUCUUCGGAAAGAAAAAUUUAGAUGUCCGGUCUCAAGGCAAGUGAAGAGCUUGAAAGCCUUAAAAGAAACAGUCAGGUGAGUCGACCUGAGUUUACUGCUAUCCAUUAUUUAUUGUUUUCAAUGACCUCAUUAUCCUUGUGUUAGAUCUAUUAUAACCUGGGAUAUCAAUGGCAUUUGUGCCCCGCGCUAUGCUCGGCGACUAAAGUGGUCUCACUACCUUGCGAAAGUUAUUGUCAAUAUUGACGGCAAGUUAAGGAUCGUUAAGCCUAAGUUUUUUGUUUUUAUUUCAUUCCUGAUUUCAACCUUUCGCCUUUGGCAACAUACAGUCGACUCCCGGUCUCUCGAACCAUCUAUAAUUCGAACCUCGCUAACUCGAAGCAAUUUUCAUUUCCCUUCAGAUUCUAUAUAAUUUUACCCUCGAUAACUCGAACUCCCUAUAACUCGAACUUUUUCCUAUUUCCCUUGAAGGUUCGAAUUAUCGGGAGUCGACGUAUACUAUUCUAACCGGAGAAGGUGGACCUUGGAAUAAAAUGUAUACUUAAAAAUGACUCUAUAAAGACUAUAUUAGUUUAUAAUCAGACCAUACACGCAUCAGUUGUCUUAAUAUGAUAGAUAAAGAUACAUUGUGUCCCGUGUCUAUUUUCUUUAGUCAAUUUGGAGGGAUUCGCGAUGUUGCAAAAAAUAUUGGGCUUGGAAACCAAAUCACCAUCAAACUGGCCAGGCUGGAUAAAAGUGAUAGCAAAGGUGCUCAGUGCUUUGCCAUAAACACCGAUGGGCAAGUUACCCUUGAGCUGCCGUCCAUAAGGGCAGGGACAGAUAUGUUACAAUGUAAGUGUUCAUCAGUUUCACCGUUUAUUUCCUCUUAAAACGAGUGCUGAGUGUUUGUUACUAUUGUAGACAUUGUAGUGUAUAUCACCCGGAUUGUAGACUAUGUCAGUAUCCUAAAAUGCCGGUUUUUCUCACAACUUUUUUCAAGUGUGUCAUUCAACCAUAAAAUAUCGGCGUGUUAAGAUCGUCAAGAUCGAAGGGCGUUGUGAAAAUUUGUCAUACCUAACCAGUCGCUACUGGACGACUUACCAUUUCUUUAUCAUAAUUUUGUCAACUUCAUUUUCAGUAAUUGUGUAUCCCAUUGAAAUUGCAUUUGCCACAAGUUCGCAAAGAAUUGUUGUCCAGGUGAAAACAGUGGAAGGGUCAAGUGCUCCGCAACCAACACCUGCCCCUGACGACAACUCACAUGUCACACUUACAGAGGAAGAAAAAUUAAAGCUAAACGAAGGUAAAAAAAGAUGUGAACUUCGAUUUUAGUAUUUCAGAUUGAAUAUCAAAUUCAGUUGUGUUAUAAGAGUAACUGUGAAGAGCAUUGCAUGCCCGGAGGGUCAGGAAGCCGAUACUGACCACAUAUUUACGGUUGAUAUCGUUAUUUCCAGAUGCUUUUGAAAAGUCUAUUGACUUAUGUGUUCUGUAUCUGUAUAGCCUUAUCACAGCUAUAGUAAUGAAUAAAUGAUUGUGGGAAAAAGAGAAGUUACGUUUAAAAUGAACGUUAGAAAUAACUUACGCUGCAAACAUCAAUUUGUUUUAAAGCAUUGGGAGCAUAAAAUGACAAGCUGUAGCAUAACAUUUCGUUGUGAUUAUUAUCCUCAGCUGUCAGCCCUUAUGUGAUUCUUUGCUUGUUUGGAGAGUUUGUUAGAAAUUGAAGCUGAAUAAUUUAUGCAGAAAUAGCAUUCCGUUUUCUUUUAUUGCCUUUUAGAACUAAAAGAUUUGAGUGACAGCAAGCUAGUUGAGGGAACGGCGGAAACAGUUUACAAAAAAAAGAAGAAAGUUACAUGGGCCUGGAAAAUCCAAUGUGGUGUGUGCAGCAAACACGUUCAACUUCGCAUAGAUGGGGCUCAGGCCGGCCGCAUAUCUUACUUUAAAUCCCGUAAGUGAUCAAAACAGUAACUGAUUUUAUAGAUAGUUAACCAUGCAUACGAUACAAAGUCUUAUUAUUUUUGAUUGUCUAAACAGUCUGCAAACCGUGCAGAAUUUACACAAGGGAUAGCUAUCGAGUUAGAAACCACGUUUACGGUUAACGGCAGACCUUAACUUGAAAAGUAAGGAAACUGCAGGUAUCGAUUAGCAAGUAACCAACAGGUGUUUCGGAGAACGCCCAUGUUUGUUUAAUGACAACCCUGUCAACACGGUUGCAGUCUUGUCCCUUGAAUUGCUUUAACGCCUCUGUAUUGACUACAUUGGUUAUUCAGCAAGGCUAAGACAGACAAGACAUACUGUAUCAUUUCCAAGAACGUGUUUUUUCACUUGCCUUGUAAAGUAUGAUAAAAUUUAGAAUUCCAGUUGACGAUACCUAACAAUCCUAACAGUACUGUAAUAUUUCUUUAGACCAUUUCAAUACUUGCCAAAGCCGGAAAUCAAGAAAGCGUCCACAAGCCCAGAAACCUUUGACUUCUUUCUUUGCAAAGAAAGCAAAAGAGGCAGACGUACAAGCUCCAGCUGCUGACUCUGAUGUCGAUGGUUCCGAUACAGAGACCCACACAGAGGAUGAAGUGGUGGAUCAAACAGAACAUCAGUAAGUUUCAAAUCAAGGAUAUCAAGGAUGUUGGACUUCACUGAAAACAACUGUAAACUGUGAACAGCCGCAGAAUUUAUUCAAAGCUUUCUCUUCUUUCUCACUGUCUUGAUGUAAUUUCAUGUCAAUUUGGAUUACUUGUUAAGUUUUAUGUACAUGUGUACAAAAAUAAAAGCGAGAUAUAUAAUGUUUUCCAGCCUAUGCGUUUUUUUUCUCUCGUGUAUUGUUCAGUUCAGACAUUGAAGCCGUUUCUGACUCCGAGUCCCAAAGUGUAACAGCAUCUCGAAGUGAAGACAGCCAAAGAGAGGUGGAAGAUAGUGAUGUUUGCAAUGACUCUGAAAACGAAUCUAGUGUAACCUCAGAAUGCCAAGAUAAGGAUUGGCGACUUGUUUGCAGUUGGUGUAGAAAAUGCUGA